AAACGCGUCGCUCAUGCGGGGUUGACCAGUCCAUGGAGUUCCCACAGGAAUGGCCGGUUGGACAAGGCUUUCUCAGACCCACCAAAGACAGUCUAUUCAUCAUCGCUGCUGGUCAAGGUGGUAAGAGGUUCAUAGGUCAGGUUGCGUAAGGAAGGCACGCCUUGAGUUGAAAAUAGCAAAGACCGACGGAGACAAUGACUCUGCCGGUUUCUGUUCUCGUGAGGGUCAGACCCAACCCGUCACUGCGUCCUCCGAUAGUCACAGUCGACGAAACUUCCCACAGCGUAACACUCUCCGAAACCAGAAGGUUCACCUACGACGCCGCCUACGGCCCCGAACACAAACAGGCCGAGAUAUGGAACGCAGCCAUCAAUAUCGUCGACGGGGUGCUCUCAGGAUUGAACGGCACCAUCCUAGCAUACGGCCAAACGCGUUCAGGCAAAACAUACACCAUGCUCGGAUCCGAGUGGAGCUCGACGUCGGCGGAAGACACGGCGGGCGUGAUCCCGCGUGCCGUGCGACAUAUCUUCGAUAAGAUAGAGGAGAACCGCGCGUCGGCGGAUGAUGUGACGUAUCGGACCUAUGUCUCGUUUCUGGAGAUCUACCAAGAGCAAGUGAGGGAUCUGCUGAUGCCGGGACAGAACGUGGAUUCGAAGGAUCAUUUGGCGAUUAGGAAGGGUGUGGAUGGGGCGAUGAGUGUUUGUGGGCUGCUGCAGGUGGAGGUUGGGGAUAUGAAUGAGGCGUUGAGUUACUUGGAGCAAGGAAGCAUAGCUCGUACCACCGGCGACACUCAGAUGAACUCAAAGUCCAGCCGGUCACACGCGGUGUUCACCAUCAUCCUUGAGCAGCGGAAAGGGGAGACUGUGAAGAUCUCCAAAUUGUCGCUUGUCGAUUUAGCCGGCUCCGAACGUCUGAAGAGGACCGGGGCUGAAGGUGUACGGUUUCAGGAGUCGGUGAAGAUUAACACGGGCCUGUUAGCGCUGGGCAAUGUCAUCAGCAUUCUCGGCUCCGAGUUUGGGUUCAAGAAGGGGACCUUUGUGCCAUAUCGCAUGUCCAAGCUUACGCGAUUACUUGAGGAUUCGCUUGGAGGCAAUGCUAAGACCCUAUUGAUAGCUUGCGUGAGUCCCGCUCGCGAAGACUCGGACGAAACUCUCAACACGUUAAAGUACGCCCACCGCGCCCGCAAAAUCCAAAACAAGCCAGUUGUCAACAUCAUACGAAACAAAGAGCCUCUUCCAGAGAUUAUAGAUGAAGACGAGAUCUUCCCAGAUCCAAUCGAACCCGACAAAGAUCCCGACGUAGACAACGAGGACGAAUACGCGGAAGGGGAUGCCGGCUACACGGUCCUUGAGGAAGACAGCGCCGAUGACCCCUGGUUCCUCGCCGUCAUGGACGAGCUCCGUCACCGCACCAGCCGCGGUCUCAAAGCUCAACGGUCCCUCGAAAGCGCCCUGAGCGAUCGCGACGCAUUGAGCCAACGCGUGGGUCAGCUCGAAAAACUGCUUGAGGAGUCACAGCACUCUAUUAUGGAGAUGCAGGCUUCCAGCGACGAACGAUUGAAGGAGCUGUUGAGAGAGAAUGAGGAGAUUGCUGUGCAUGCUGAGGAGGUUGAGCAGGAGUGUGAGCGGGCGCGGCAGGAGCAGGAAGGGCUGCUGACCCGUCUGACGGAAGUGGAGAACGAGCUGCACGCGACGACUGAGACUUUGACGACCGACAUCAACCUGACGGUAGAUACAUUGAUUGCCGUCCUCAAUGGGGAAGAUGUCGCCAAGGUCGUGGAAACGGCGAGAGGGGUCGUGAAGAGAUGGCGGCCGGAUUCUGCAGUUUGUCUCGAGACAAGCGGGCCGAAGCCGGGAGUGGACCCAUACCCGGAGCACCCCGGGCGACAGCCACUUCGACCAUCCCGCCCACCCUCCUCCGUCGCAUCCGUGCCUGGAUCUCUCGGUUACCCACGAAGAAGGGUGCGGAAGGUCAGCACGCCCGACCAGACAGCCGCGUCGCUGAUCGACAGGCAGCAUGCCGCUAUCCGCCGCUUAGAAGACGAUCUUUUCGAAAAGGACGAGCAGGCUAGGAUCUUACUUCAGGAGAUACAGCAGUUGAAGGAGGUGGUUGUCCCGCGACUGGAAGGCGUCAACUUGAAGAUGAUUGUGGAGAAUGACAGGUUGAAGGCGCAGUCAGGAGGGCAGACGGGUGGGCAUGCACAUCCAACGUCGCAUGCAAUUGGGGAUGAAGAGCAACUGUCGAAGCUGAGCACGCUGUUGGCGCAGAGGGAUGAUGAGAUAGCGUUGCUCAAAGAACAGAUCGACGCCUUGACUGCUGAGAGGGAUGAAUGGGAGGCUGCUGUAGCGGAGAUGCAGAAUGGGGUGCUGGUCAACGAAGCCGGGGGCGCUGAUGUCGGGCAGCCGCAAACCCGAAACGCGGCCUCGGGAGGGAACAGCAAUGACAGCCUUUCGCGGCGGAACCGCAACAUAUCCGCUCGCGAAUCGCUGAACGCCAUGUUUGUGCAUAACGACCGGUCAGCGAAACAGAUGAGGACCGCUUUUUGGUCUGAGUCUUUGGGGACGGAGCAGGGGACAACUGGUGUUGCAAAUGGUGGAGCUCCUCCUGCCGAUGUAAGCGACGUACCCAUGAUUGCCCCGGCCGCCGAGGACGAUGAAGACGACUUCCCCGUUCACGUCAGCGGGAUAUACGAGGGCCACAAAGACGUUGGAGAUGGGGUUACGAGCCCUUCUAGAAAUGAGGUCAAAAGCGAAGUGGACGACGGUCCGUCUCGCCAGGAUGUGGUUGCUGCGAACAAAGCACGGGUAGAGACGAUGCGGGAUCUUCGGGAUGCACAUAAGGAAAUGGAAAAGAUCCGUCACCAAACCACCCGCCAAGCCCAAAAACUCCAACGCGAGCUCGACGACGCGCACGCGGAAAUCGCCAAAUCCAAAAGCGCUUUAGAAGACAAGGAAGCCACUCUAGUCCGCUUGAAAGACGACAACGAGAGACGCUGCAAAGGGUUGGAGACGCAGAUUGCGAAACUGAAGGCGAAUGUGAAGGAUAUGCAGAAGCUGGCUGAUGAGAAGGAGGCGUUAGAGGGCAAGAAUGCAGAUUUGCGGGAGGAUUUGGCAAAAGCGGAAUCGAGGGUUGGUGCGUUGAAGAAGAGGCUGAAAGAAGAGGCAGAAAAGCUAGCUGAAACCGAAUCCCGCAAAGCCAAGGAGGUCUUCUCACUGCGAAAACAAAUCGAGGAGGAUGCCAAGCGCAUCCGCCUGCUCGAGACACAGGGCGACACCUUGCGCAGGCGGCUCGAUAGAGCCAAGUCAGCAACGGCCGCGACAUCGGCUGAUAGGACCGCGCAGCACGCGGCCAGGCGGGAUACUCGGUCAGCGUCGGCGGCACAUCCAACGAAGAAUAGCACUGUUGGGAGCUUACCGCCAAUUGCACAAGGGCGGGCGAAGGCAGGCGACAUACCGGAAACUGGUGAUAUGCUGGAAGAGGUGCAGGAGAUGGAGGAGAGUUUGCAGUCGCGGGCGGAGGAGAUUGAGGCAUUUAAAGAGUAUCACGCGUUUUCCAAACACCUGCGGCAAGUCCGCACAGCUGUUGCGCAACUUACCGCGGAUUUGAAAGAAGGGGAGUCCAUCCUUGAGACGCUGGCGCCUGAGGAUCCGAUGCGGCAACGGGUUGGAGUGCGGGUGGGCGAGAUACGGCAGGAGCGGGAACUUGAGCCCGUCAGCCCAGGGACUUGGCAAAGACAGCCACGGGUUAGAUUUGUCGGCCGUGCAGGACGAGUUUCAGGAUCAACCGGACAUUAUCCAUGUUCUCGAGAAAUUGGACUCCUGCUCUCUCAGUCAGGCUCAGGAGCUAGUCGUUGAAUGCAUUCGUGAGCUUUCCAAGUUACAGCGCGGAAAAGGUCAAACGAGAGGACACGAAGGGUCGCCAUCGAGUUCAAAGGGGCUGCAA